AUGACACAUAAAUAUAAAAGCGUGAGUAUACUGAUAGUGAGCAAAGAUGGUAUGAUUAUAAAGUUUGAUGACAAUAAAAUUGCCUUUCCGGUUUACUUUUAUAAUCAAAGUAUCACUGGGUUUGAUAUCACUUAAUGGUAAUAAUUGAAGGAAAGUGAUUCGGAACAAUAUCGAUUUUAAAAUAGCUUAAAAGGGACUCAAAGUAUCAUUAAAUUUUAUUUGAAAAAACAACAAUUGUUUAUUUUAUUCAUUAUUGAUUACAAUUAGUAUAUCAGCUAUCUUAUGGAGUACUAAAUUAAUUAGUAGUAAAAAAUAAAUGAAUACUUACGCUUCACAUUGAUACUUUUGUCGAUGACUUUCUUUGUUUUACUAUUAGUAGCAUAUUUGAUAAUAUCAUUCUUGAUAAUGAGACCAAUAGAGGAGAUAAUAUGGUUUUUUUAAAUAAGAGAGAAUAAAACUUUGAAGGAGAAAUACGAGGAUUUGUUGAAGACCAGGUUUAGAUAUAGAAGCCAUGCUUACAUUAGUCCGACUAUCAAAGAAUUAUAGGAGGCCGCUUACAGAUUAAACUAUUGGAAUUUCAAAAAGAAAAAUUAAAAGAAUGCGUAAUGUAAUUUAUUGCAAUUGUUCUAAUUUCCUAAAAAUACACAACUUCAAAGGAUAAGUUUGAUAGAAUCUAAAUUAGCAGACAAGCACUAAAGGUUAGAAUAAUAGGAGUUUUUAGGAAUGAUUAGAUACAGUCAUGAUUAGAGAUGA